AUGCUUUGUUUCAUGCAUAAUAUUGCCCUAGCUUUGUUAUUCCAACUGGACAAGUUCCUUGGACAUGACACAGAGAACUGGCACAUGCUGAAUUCUUGUCCAGCUUGCCAAUAUAAGCUGGUCAAUGAGCCAACUCUGGACUUCUUGAUUCUGUGCGCAUGUGAUGGGAAUAACUCAGCCAAACUUGUUGAUCCUGCAGUACGUAGCGGUGAGGAAUGUCUUGACCCUCGCUCAGGGCUAUCAUCCAUCUGGCUCACGAAGUUGUACAUUGACCAAUUUAAAGAUGAAGUCCAAUCUGCCUGGGCACAUCAAGCUAGGCAACAACCUAGUGACCCUGAUGAUCUGUGGAUAGACGAACUGGACUCGAAUGAUUCUGCAGAGCCACCCACCAUAUGCGUUGACUGCUGGUGUAAUGCAGCACCCAAAUCAUGCAAGAAAAUGUUUGCUAUAUUUAAGAAGUCAGGGAUCUUUGUCACAGUAUGCCAGCAUGGGAUGAAAUACCCAAUUGCUAGUGUGAAGAAGCCCAUGGACGUCUUUGGCAGCGAUAUAUUUUAUGGGUAUGAUAUCAAAUGCACCUUUGAAAAGAUUAUACAAUGGAGUUCGCUCGCUGACGAUGCCAAAUACUUAAACCUGCAGGGUGUUGUGCCUGCCUUUCACAGACAUGCCCACAACCAUCUUUGCCAAGUUGAGCAUCACUCAAAGUAUAAAGUCGGUGCUGGGAAGGAGGAUUUCGAGACCUACUCCAUGCUAACCCUGAAUGUAGCCGACUUCAUCUAUAAUAAUUAUGUCCAAGCACUGACAAUUAUCUCUAUGACAAAUGUAUUUCUUGCCAACUUCCACACAUCAAAUGCUGCCAUCAAGCCCAACUUUGAAGAUAAUCUCAAGGAUGAGCACCAGGUUUUACAAUGCCUUGCACGCAAGAAGGAAGAAUCCACUGUGGAAGUUGACUAUGUAAAAGCAUUGAACGAGUAUGAUGAGGCUCAUGGGCUUGAUUUACGGCUCAAUUAUUCUACAAAGGAAUCUGGCGACAUACGCUGCCAUCAUUUGCAUGCUACUAACAAAUGUGAUCAGAAGCUUGAGAUUGUCACCAAUUAUGAACAUCAAAUGGCACUGGACUCAAUAUGGGGUCCAGACCACCCUGAACAGAUGAAGGCACAGUCACACAUUACCAAUUGGCUGUUCCACAAGGCUGUAGAUGACAUUGAAUGCCUUGUUGUCAUGCGUCUGCUUGAGUUGACUAAGCUACAAAUGAGUGGUCUAGGUUAUAAGCUUCGCACUCAAAUCUCCAAGGAAACAGAUGGGGAGAUCCAAUUGAAGAGUUGGGCCAACCCAUCUUACCAACAUGCAUCCACACAAUAUUUUGAGCACCAGUGUGCUAAUGAAGAGAUUCGUCGGUUGAAUGUCGAGGUUGGACAUUUACUCAUGAAGAUGCGAGAUGAUGCCAUUGAUUACCCCCAUGCCAUCACACAACUUCAGUCCAAUGACCCACCCCUUGCAGCCGAACUCCAGCAUCGCUGGACACAGCUUUGGUCCAUCAAUGCAUGUCACAUUUGGCGCAUACAGCAGAUUAUGCAGCUUCCUGGUUAUAGCGGGCCAAAGAGUCCUGGCAGUCGUGAUAGAGAGGAGGGAGACAGAGAUGAUACAGAGCUUGGGCAACAGUUGGAAGACAUAUAA